CACAUUUCCCAGGAUCCUUUGCACUGCAGCAUGGCGUCAGCUUCAGUCGCUCAGAAGAUCAGAGAACUGGAGAUGCUAAUUGCCAUCGACCCAGGCAGCCGGGAGAUCGGGCACCUGCUCCUUCCAGGUGAGCUGCUGCGGGCCUCCCUGUCUCCAUCCCACGCCCGCUCCGUGCUCCUCACCACCGGCUUCCCCGCGCCUCUCGACCACGAGCCUCCGGAAGAGACGGACGGCCUGCCAGGAGCCGUGGCUCUGGCUGCCUUCCUGCAGGCGUUGGAGAAGGGGGUCUCCAUGGUUGUCGACCAGAGAGCCUUGAAUUUGCACAAGAAGCUUGCUGGCGAGGCUGUACAGCGAGGUGUUCUGAAGAGGCAGAUCCCAAUAUUAACUUACCAAGGCGGAUCGGCGGAAGCUGCUCAGGCAUUUCUGUGCAGAGAUGGUAACCCCAAGUCACCCAGACCACAUUUUGCUUUCCUUGUUCAUCCAUCAGUGGACCGGUUGCUUCCACCUUCUACCUAAUGUGAAUAAUGCUACUAUGAACAUGGUUGCAUGAAGACCUCUUUGGAACCCAGCUUUCAAUUCUUUUGGGUCUCUACCCAGAAGCAGAAGUGUUGGAUCAUAUGGUAAUCCUAUUUUAAAUUUUUGAGUAACUACCGUAUAGUUUUCCAUAGCAGAGUUAAGAUUUUAAAGAACUCCAUCUUGGGGGGAUUUAGAGAGAUAUAAAAGUACAAUUUUCAUGUUCUUAAAUUAGAUUUUCAAAACAGUAUUCCUCCUAAUCAUGAUAGCGCCCACACCAGUAACUCUUACCGAGCCCUGAGUAGGUGUGGAGGUCUGUGCUAAGUGUCUCUUGUGCAUUUUCUCACUUAAGCCUUUCGACACAGUGUGAGACACGUACUGUUGUUAGGUCAUCUGACAGAUGCAGAAAAUGAGGGCUAGAGGGUUUAAGGGACUCGCCCAAGGCCAGCAGAAUCAGGACCUGGAACUGUACACCAUCUGAUUCCUCAACCCACCUUCUUACCAUCAUCCUAUCCAUGCUCUUUCUCUAUCUCCUGCUGUCUAAAUAAGUUUAUCUUGUGUUAGAGUCAUUUGUCUUCUAUUUCAAUUCCUUUUUAGUCUGUUUUGUGUCUGUAAAGCGAACAAGAUCCUGGGAGAGGGCAGCAGUGGGCCAGUAGCAGCCAACACUCAACCCUCUGGGUGCUGGUGCCCCUCUGGUUAACGGAGACCUGGGCGGGGCACCAGCAGCAUCUACCUUGGUGACCCUGACCGUUGGCCUUCCUGCUCUCACAGCCUCUGUCUCUAAUAUGCUGCUAAAGAUUCUGAUACUGUUUCUUAGAAUGAUCUGAGAGACCAACCCCCAGCACAGGCUCCGGCACACAGUGGAUGUUCAACCAAGUUCUGUAGGAAAGAAGGAAACGAAGACGGAAGGGUCCUUUGCACAAACACAGGAAGGCAUGAGCCAGCCAGGCACCUGGCUCUCCAUAAGGACCCUGUGCCCUCACCCCUGGCAGGUUUGACCAUCUGGUGGCGAUCGAGCGCACGGGAAGGGCUGCAGAUGUCAAUUACUACAAUGCAAGGAAGAGGGACAUCAAGCACUUGGUGGACCCCAUUGAUGAUCUUUUCCUUGCAGUGCAGAAGAUUCCUGGAAUCUCAUCAACUGGUAAGCAAGGGGCACUGAGAAUGUGAGAAGAACAUGUCAGCACUAAAAGCCUUUUUUAUUGACUGUUGAACACAUGACAAAAAGGAGUUAUAUGGGACCAUUGUUUUCCACUUCAGAGAUGGUCUUUGUUUAUUCUGGUCGGUAUAGACAAUAACGAUGCUGACAUUUAGAAAUCCAGUGUUCCCACGAGCAGGAAAGGGAAAUGACGCUUAACUGAGCAUAUUCUAUUUGUCCAACUCUAAAACAUCAAAACUAAUAAUAAAAUAAUGACAAUAAUAAGAUCAAGCCAUGGUAUAUUAUUUUGAUCAUAC